AGAAAGGGCUUAAGAAUAAAGCAUUCUGGGAUGCUGCCAUAACUGCCUCAACCUUAUGGAAAAAUUCUUUGCAUUCUGAGCAAGAAUGCAAAGAAUUAAUAUCUCAGUUUCGUUAUUAUGAAGCUAAAAAAAAACCCUUCGAUUUACCUUAUGUUCAAGACCUUGAUACUUCAAUGUUAUGUAAUACAAAUGAUAAUAAUGGCAAAAGCAGUGGUAGUAUGGAUUUUAAUCCUGAAAAUCUUGUUGAUGCC